AUGGAAAACACUAACCCUGUCUUUAAGCCUCCUGUAGUAAAAGAGUACCUGAUCAAAGGGGCCAGGUUUACCAAGUGGGAUGAUGACACAGCGGUUACAUCCCCAGUGACUCUAAAAUUGGACCCAAAGGGCUACUACGUGUACUGGACCCACCAAAAUCACGACAUGGAAUUUCUAGAAAUUUCAAGCAUACGAGACACAAGAGCAGGGAAAUAUGCAAAACUUCCCAAGGUUCCAAAGGUUCGUAAUGUGUUCAACUUGGAUUUUCCAGAAAGCCACUACUUAACAAAAACACUGACUAUAGUAUCAGGACCCGACAUGGUGAACCUGACCUUUCACAACUUUUUUGCUUCCAAGGAAAAUGUUUGCAAGGAUUGGGCAGAUGAUAUACUGUCAAUUGCUUACAACCCACUGACAAGCAAUGCCUGUAGACAAACCUACCUGGACAAGAUAUACGUACGAAUCACACUAAAGACAAACAAAGAUGGGAAGAUACCUGUGAAAAAUAUUUAUAAGAUGUUUCCUGCUGACAGAAAGAGGGUAGAAGCUGCCUUGGCUUCUAGCCAUCUCCCGAAAGGAAAGAAUGACACAAUGAAGCCAGAAGAAUUUACUGAAACACAGUAUAGGACAUUCCUGAUGAAUCUUUGCCCAAGACCAGAAAUAUAUGAAAUAUUUACCACUUAUAGUGCCAAGUCAAAGCCCUACAUGACAAAGGAGAACCUGACCAAGUUUAUCAAUGAAAAGCAGCGCGACUCCCGGCUGAAUGACGUUCUGUUCCCCCCGCUGAAGCCAGACCAGGUCAAGAGCCUAAUUGAGAAGUACGAGCCAGCGGCCGCAAACAAGCAGAGGGGUCAGAUAUCCCCAGAGGGGCUGUUGUUUUACUUAGCUGGCUCUGAAAACUACGUGGUUGCUCCUGAAAAGGUGAUUCUUCACCAGGACAUGAAUCAGCCGUUACCACACUACUACAUCAAGUCUUCACACAACACCUACCUCACAGCCGGGCAGUUUUCGGGAAUCUCUUCCCCAGAGAUGUACCGGCAGUGCCUCCUCGCAGGGUGCCGCUGCUUGGAGCUCGACUGCUGGAAGGGAAAGCCACCAGAGGAAGAGCCAAUCAUCACGCACGGGUUCACCAUGACAACGGAGAUUCUGUUCAAGGAUGUUAUUGAGGCCAUCGCAGAGUGUGCUUUCAAAACCUCUCAAUAUCCUGUGAUCCUGUCUUUUGAGAACCAUGUUGACUGUGCCAAACAGCAAGAAAAGAUGGCAGAGUACUGCAGGACAAUAUUUGGAGAUGCCUUGCUUACAGAUCCACUGGAAAAAUACCCGCUGAAACCAGGGCAUCCCGUACCAUCUCCUGCAGAAUUAAUGGGGAAAAUCCUCAUCAAAAACAAAAAAAAUCAGUCGCCUAACAAGAAUGCUCAAGAGGCAGCUAAGAAACCACCAACAGGGGACGGUGCCCAUCCACACACCACCCACCCAACCCACCAUGCCAGUACAGAUGAACUCAACAGCAGCACAGACCCGCAUCAUGGCCAUGAGGCAGAUCAUCAUGAUCAUCAUGAUGAACAUGACGACCACGACGAUCAUGACCACGAUGAGGAGACGAUGAAGAACUCCGAUGAGGGUACAGCGGGCCAAGAAGUAAAAGCCGUCGAGGCAAUGUCUUCUUUGGUGAACUACAUCCAGCCAAACAAGUUUAUUUCUUUCGAGAAUGCAAAAAAAAAGAAUCGCAGCUAUGCGGUCACCUCUUUUGUGGAGACUAAAGGGGGAGAGUUGGCCACAAAGUCUGCUGUGGAGUUUGUGAAUUAUAACAAGAGGCAGAUGAGUCGAAUCUACCCCAAAGGGACCCGGAUGGACUCCUCCAACUACAACCCUCAGCUGUUCUGGAAUGCCGGGUGCCAGAUGGUGGCGCUGAACUACCAGACCAUGGAUUUUCCAAUGCAGCUGAAUAUGGCCAUGUUCGAGUACAACGGCAGAACUGGCUGGCUCCUUAAACAUGAUUUUUUGCGUCGAGCUGACAAGACAUUUGACCCUUACUCUGCUGACAGAAUCGAUGUCAUUGUGUCAAACACUGUCUCCGUCAAGAUAUAUUCUGGCCAGUUCCUGUCUGACAAAAAUAUUAAGACGGGAGUUGAGGUGGAGGUGAUGGGUCUGCCCGGUGACCCGAAACGCAAAUACAAGACAAAGUGGUCUGCGGCACACAACUCCAUCAACCCUGUGUGGAAUGAAGAGCCCUUUGUGUUUGAGAAGAUUCUGAUGCCGGAGAUGGCCUACUUGCGUAUUUGUGUUCAUGAAGAAAGUGGGAAGUUCAUUGGACACAGAAUAAUCCCUAUCCAUGCCCUGCGAUCAGGAUUCCACCACUUAUGCCUGCGAAGUGAGAGUAACAUGCCACUGGACUUGCCAGCUCUGUUUGUUUACAUUGAGGUGAAGGAUUACAUCCCUGCCUCUUUUGCAGAUUUCACAGACCUCCUAUCAAAUCCCCUUAAAGAAGAUAAGAAAGUAGUUAAACCGGCUCCUGCUCAGAAACCACCUCCUGUGACCUCAAACAACAAUCCCCCAGAGACACCAAGUCCUCAAGAAAAAAACCUAGACACAGCUGUUCCUGACCUGGCAGCUGAUUCCUCUGCUGCUCCUGGUGUUGCUCCUGCUCUGACUCCCACUCCGAUCCCAGCCCCACGUGCAGCCACCCCUGCAGCCACCACUGCAGAAACUCCUGCAGCUACCCCUGCAGAAACCCCUGCAGCCACCCCUGCAGAAACCUCUGCAGCCACCCAAGAGCCUCCCAAACCUUCCCCAGAGCCAACUACAGCAACCAUUGACGAGCUGAAACAACACAAAACCUUUGUGAAAAUCGCAAAGAAACACGAGAAGCAGAUAAAGGACCUGGAGAAGAAGUAUCAGAAAAAAUGGGAUGACCUGGUUAAGAAAUACAGCAAAAUGUUUGCAGCUCUUCAGAACCAGCUCAAAAAGAAGAAAGCAGGGUCUUUGAAGAAAGGCGACAUUGUUGAUGCCCCAGACUCUACCCCUGCCCCAGACCCCAAGGUGGCAGAGGUGAAGGGGAAACUCAAGACUGAGCUGACACAGCUGCGUGAGGAACAGUACGCUCUCAUCAAGACAAAGAAAGAAGAGCACAGUGCCGAGCAAUCUGUAAAGCUGCUGGAAAUAGCAAAAGAAAAGCAUGCAAGUGAGCUGAAAGCACUGAAGGAAUCAGUUGACAGUGAAACUAAAACCAGGAAGAAGAAACUUGAAGUGAAGCGAAAUGAGAAGAUCAGUGAAAUGGUGAAGUCUGGUUCUGAUAAAGCCACGCUGGAGAGGAUAAAAAAGGAACUCAACACCACCUUUAUCCAGGAAGUUGUACAGAUGACGACAGCAGUUAGAGAACAUAUUGUUGACCAGCAGGAAAAACUGGAAAAGAAACAAGCUUCCACUCUGGAAGAGAUCAAAGAGAAAACGGACAAGCAUAACCAGGACGUGAACACAGAGUUUGAUGAGAAGAUGAAAGCUCUCCCUAAGGAGGUGGAAGAGAGUGUGAACAGCACUGUCCGCCCAUACUUCCCAGAUGAAGUUGAGAAACCCAAGGAGAAUGGAUCACAGGUUGAAGGUCUAUCUGAUGUGGUGUACACAGGAUAGAUGCAUUGGGAUGCCCUGUCCCCAUUAGUCAGAAGUUUGAAUUAUCGGUAUGUUUGCAUGUAUUUAUUUGUUUACUUUUAAUUGAACUCAUAAGCUAAGGUGAAACGUUUUUGGGUAGUUUUUGGGUUAGUCGCUUAUAUGCACUAGGAAUUUGAAUUUGAAUGAUGAGUUUUGAGGCCAAAACUGCCUCCUCAUAACCUCAACAUUUGAAGCUAUCCAGAGGGGCUGUGUUUACAAAGCUGUUUUGAGAAAGUACAGCAUUCUUUUUAAACCAAGCACAGUUGAUUUUUUAAAAAAUCAUUUAUUUACACUAAUAAAAAAUAAAAAAAACACCAUAAGGGUUUACAUCAUUUAAAAAUAUUGCUGCUAAAGGCUUUUAAAUUAAUAGAACUAGAGACCUAUAUUUUUAAGCUUUUCUUUACUGAUGGGCACCACGAAUACCAUCCCAAUCAAGGACACUUCACACAUAGCAGGCGUUACCUGCUAGCUAAACAAUAGAGAUAACAGUUAAACGUCCCCAAACUAAGGCAAGUGAAAUUAUGUGGCAGGUAAUAUAAGUUACAGUGAGAGUUUACAUUUUAUAAAGGCCAGUGAGCUUCCAAGGGUGUAGGAUAAGGACUGCUCUACCUAAUUGAAAUAGACAAUCUAGGUGGUCUCUAACACAGAACACUCGACAACAUGUUUUAUACUGUAAGUUACCAAAGUAAAAUUUAUCAGCAAACCCAGUCUAUAUUAACCAACAUAAUACAAGUAAAACAAUGUCAAUACCACUGCACUGCAAGAUAAUCAAAUGAUAUGCACUCAUUUUGGGCACUUGCAGAAUAGUGAACUAGUGAAAUUGUAUAAAAUGGUGAACAACAAAAUAACUACUUCCUUUUCACAAAUCUGUGUACUCCCAUUAACUGGUCUAGAAACAGCACUGUACCAUUAAAUUACAUUUUUGCUGCUUUUCAAUUUUCAACUUUUCAGUUUAGCCAUUCUCCUAUUAAACUGUUGUGCCUGCAUGCUGUAAUUAAUCACGUUAUCUGCAGAAGAAGGACAUGGUCUGAAGUAAGAGUUGAGAAAAUUGGACAUCUACAUAUCUGCAAUAUGUCUACUACAUAGAAGACAUUAUUUGAAUUGUAUUUUGUUUCAGAUAUCAGGUUUUACUGAUUUUCUUUUUAAACCUGUUACAAAUAUGCACUGACCCACAUCUAUAACUUGAGCAAGUUUUAUGGGACUAAAUAACCGAUAAGCCAGUCAAAAGUUGUGUACAUAAAUCAUGAAAAUGGCCUAUAUAAAUGUCUUGUAAUGUUUAUUUGGGACUGGGAUUAGAAAAAAAAAAAUUGUGGCUGUCAGAUCAACCCCAGCAGAUGGAAAGGCGCAUCACACAGAAUCUAAAAAUAUUUUAAGCGACUCAGGUGAAUGGAUGAAGCCUUACAUAGAAAAACUAGGACAGCUUCAAGUUCUGUUGAUGCACUAUAAGGAUUAAGAGGUUUAUAAUUUCUCAGUUAUAUGCAUUUUUCUGCUUUGAUCAUACUUUUACUGAAUCUCAUGAAAAAUGGUUGCUUCUCCUUUUUCAUUGACGGUUUUUAACAAAUCCACAUUUUACAGUGCAAUUGAAUGUUAAUCAGAAUGUUAUGGUUACACACAUAUUCUUAACAUAAUGGUACAUUUUAAAUACUAUUUUAAACCCAUUUUCAGCUAACAUGUUCUAAAAGAGGGAUCCUCAAUGAGUCUGUAGUUUAAAUACUCACAUGGUGGUGACUUUUUUAAACAUUUAAACUUACACAUAAAAUAUAGAUUCAUAACAAAUAUUACAGACCUUUUUAAAUAGGGGUAAUUUCUUUUCCUAAAGCACCGACUGAAGCUGUUUCCAGACAGAUGUAUUUCAAUGUGCCAGGCUUUGUAACUAAAUGCUGGGCACCUGUCCUUAGAAUAAUAGUUUUCUUACACAACCUUCCAUCUAUAUAUCAUUUCAAAUGUACUGUAUACAACGCUAAAGCUGCUAGGAACAAGGAUAGUACAGAAAGAUGAGAUCCACACUGCUUUGAAAACUUUCAGUUACCAUCCCUCAUACUGUGUAAACCCAUUGUAAUAAUGGCUCUUGUGUACUGUCUGCCUAGCAUUCCUAGCACUUGCAAUUACUUCCAGAGCUCAGGAGGCUGAUCUACCCAUGUUGUGUACAAGAGCUUGCUUCUGAGCCUGAUGCUUACACUGUCUGAAAUGGUAGAAUCAUUUUGAAAAUGCACUUUCUUGUGUAGCCCUCCCUUGUAUCUUAAACUGUGGGAUAUUUUUUCGAAUAUAGAACCUACAUGUACUGGCAGGGAGCUAUAAGGGCAGUUCUUUACAACAGCCCAUCAUCUGUAACCCCACAAGCAAGUAAAGAAUGUGUCUAGAUUGUAACAAUGUUGAUUGUGUUUUUAUGUCGGGUCUUAAUACACAUGUAAAGCUUGCUUCUGUUGUUCUCCAAGAUAAUCAUUUAUAUAAGGAUACAUUGCGGUGUAUAAUAUUAAGACUUAUUUUAUAUUGUAACUCCAUAUUGUAAAUAGACAUGUA